AAGAUAAAGAAAUUCACGUGGGCUGUGAAACUGAAUCUGAAUCUGUUGAUCAGUCAUCGAUCCAGGCUUCAGAAAACAAAACGCUGGUCAAUGCCUUCACCACAAAUCCAACAGGCUACAACGAGUAAAAGUCACAGGCUCUGAUCUUGUAAAAGGGUCCGUGGCCAAGUGCGUAAAUCCAAACCAUGUGGGGACAUUUAAAAUUGAUAUCUGCAGCAAUGCAAAAUCUAAACGGCUUCGCUGCCCCCAGUGUUCUGGCCAGAAGAUAGAACGGGCCUGUUUGAGAUAACUUCUUCGAAACGUAGGUGACACACGGGGAGUGAGUAACGACAUUAAAGCGUGCUUACGAACUGUACGUCUGGUGUGAACAGAGAGAGGCGACACGAAGCGCAGCAGCAGCAGCAGCAGCGGCAGCAGCAGGGCGACGAGACCUGAACCCGACUUGGGGGGGGGGUCAGGCGCACAGCAGCAGAGACGCCCACGCAGACGAAAAGACGCGCUAUAAAAACGUGACGCGGUAUUUUAGUGUCAGUGAGGAUCCUUUACACGCCACCAUGCAGCAGCUGGGCGGACUCAGACAUGGAAAGUAUUCCGCAAAGGAUACCGAUGCCUUGCACUGGGAAACAUGAUUUCUGAUCUUAAGCAAGAGGCAUUUUUCCAUCUGUUUCUGGACUGCUGAGAGGAUCUCUGGACAUCUGUUUGACACGGAAAACUAUCUUUUGGAUGUUCAGCUGGACUGGGAAGGAUAUCAGAACUAUGUAGUGCCUCCCUUAACUAUGGACCCCCUGACCCUCAGAGUUCAGUGAUGUUAGCUUUGAGCCACUACAACUCCUCAGCCUCCCCGCUCCUCCCUCAUUUCUCUAAUGAAAGUGUAGGAAAGCUGGAGGCCAGGGUGGCUGUUGAAGGGCUGUCGCAGCAGGGAAACUUCACCUUGGUGCAGCCCACCACCAGCGGUGUCAUUGUCGUCAUAUUGUCCAUGACGCUGGGCAUCAUCUCCAACAUUGUGGCCCUCUUCAUUCUGGCUAAUGCCUACUGUCUCCAGCGCCGGCGCUCCAAAGCCACCUUCCUUCUGUUUGCCACUUCACUCGUGGUCACAGAUUUCAUUGGCCACGUGAUCCCUGGUGCCCUGGUACUCCGACUCUACCUUCAUGGAGGUGUGCGCCCAGAGGACUUUGACUCUUCUGAUGGCAUGUGCCAGUUCCUGGGUGGCAGCAUGGUGUUCUUCGGCCUGUGCCCACUCUUCAUGGGCUGCGCCAUGGCUGCUGAGCGCUGCCUGGGUGUCACUAAGCCGCUGCUGCACUCAUCCCUGGUCACCAAAACCCGCACAAAGAUCUGCCUGUCUGUCAUCUGGCUGGCAGCUCUGUGUGUGGCCAUGCUGCCCUGCUUUCAGCUGGGCUCCUACACCUACCAGGACCCAGGGACCUGGUGCUUCAUUAAAGUGCUCAAUGACACUGAGGAGGUGGAUGUGGCAUUUGUGGUGCUGUUCUCUGGACUUGGUCUGACCUCGCUGGCUGUGGCGCUGGUGUGUAACACCAUCAGCGGACUGACGCUGGUGCUGGCUCGGCUCAGGAGGCAGCCCGGCUCCCCUCACUCUGCCAAGUCCCACGACAUAGAGAUGGUGGUGCAGCUGGUCGGCAUCAUGGUCACCUCAUGUAUCUGCUGGAGCCCUCUGCUGAUCUUUGGCCUGAUGUCCGUGAUCCGCUCCUACACAGGAUCCAUUGGGAACAGCCUGUCCAACUAUGAAACCCUGAUGGUGAUGGGCGUGAGGCUGGCCACAUGGAACCAGAUCCUUGACCCCUGGGUCUACAUAUUGCUGCGCCGCACAGUCCUCCGCAAAAUCUACCUCAUUGCUAAGUGCCAGGUGGGCCUGAGGGGUAAUAUGUUAGGCCGCUGGGAGCCCACCUCUUUUCCCAGCUCAGAAAAGAAGGAAGUCAACCAAGUGUGAGCUGAAAAAAGGAUUGAUAUCGAUACUUCGUGGAUGUACUCUGUCACCAGGUUAUUGAACAUAUGACGAACUCGGCGUGCAAAGACAUUUAGAUGGAGAGUCCCACAUAGCGGCAGGUGGAAAGAACAGAUUAUUGUGGCUGUGAUAGUGGAGCAGACCAGUCUCAGCUGGUCCACUUGAGAAAUGUUUCAUGGAUUCAAUCAAAAUUUCUCUUUCAUACUCACUCAAAGUUUACCAGUGUGUUCAUUGUGUGACCUUACAAAUGGAAGCUAGCUAAUGCUGUGAUUUUGCACAAAAUAUCAUAAACUUCAUAUUGUUUACUUAUAAUAAGUGAACAUUCCUUAUUAUUAUUAUUAUUAUUAUUAUUAUUAUUAUUGUAUUCUCAUUUGGAAAUUAAUAACAACGAAGGGCAUAGAUGUAGGUUGCAGGAUAUGAGUGUAGUAUGCACGCUGCAGAAGGUUGCGGGAGUGAUCUGUACAGAGGGACAGAGUGUUAUUUGAUUUUAUUUCUCAAACUCCUUUUCCUCAGCUUUGAAAGUCAAAAAAAAUAAAUUGCACAGUGACUUGCUCUUACAUUAGACAAAUGGGAAAGAAUUGAGCUGUAUUGGUGUAACCAUCAGAUGGAGCUCCAGAGUAAACCCAGAAGUAUUUUGAGUGUAUUUGUAAUGUUAAGUAUUCUGCUGAAUGUAUUUCAUAAAGGAAUGUUAAUGUUCAAAUACUGUGGAGUCUAUGAAUGUUUAAGUUUAAACAUGCUUUCCCUGUGUUUAUACAGUGCUUUAUGUGAACUAAUGUAAGAUUUUAUAAGUUAAUACUUGAACUGUACCCUCAAUUUACUGAGGAAAUGUAAACAACUUUUAAUGUAAAUAAAACAAGGCAAUGUGACGUGUA